CAACUGCAGCCACCUCGGUAGCUCGCUAGCUGACAAAGUCGGAACAUUCAAGUUCUUUAGACAAUUUCGUGGUUUAUUUGCUACUAUGAUUUAAACAUACUUAUGUGUAAACAACUAGCUACCCCAUUUAAUUUCAUAUUUACGCUGUAAGUCAACUAGCUGGCUGGUUAAGUUAGCACUAGUCUAGUCGCUAAUGCUAACUCGCUGUUAUCCCUAGCUAACAUCAUGAGUUCACUAAGCUACUCUCCUCCUGCUAAAGAAGAGGAGGUCUGCUGGACGGAGAAAGAAGGACUGUGGCUGAACGUUGUCGUGAAAGAGGAAGAGGAGGAUGUCACACUACAAAGGCAAGUACAGGGUGAAGCUGUUACCGUGAAAGAAGAAGAGAAAGACAUUUCAGUUAGAGAAGAGGAAGACGCGUUCAGAGUGAAAGAGGAGGAGGAUGUUACAUUGAAAGAAGAGGAGGAAGAUGCAGUCUUUGGAGUGGAGGAUGAAGAGGGGAGUUUACUUUCACAUUAGAGGAGGACGAAGAAGAGAAGACUGGAGAACUGAUUAACACCAGUAAAUACAGGUCGUAACAUUUUUGGAGGCUCCGCUGAGAUUGCUGCUCAGAUGUCCAGUUUCCACAUCCUGGUCGCUGAAUUCCGAGCCAGCUAAAUCCCCACAUAACAACUCAGGCAGGCUGCAGUGAGGAAAGUGUUGCUGUUCGAGGAGAGCUGGAAGUUGGUGGUUAAGUACGUGUCAGCUGAGGCCAUUGAUCGACCAUCAGAGACAGUAAGGACCAUCUAAUUCAGAGUCAACUCCUGCACAGUAAAAGUUCCUCCUGUUCUGUCAACAUGACGACCGCCUUGGAAGAACUACAGGAAGAGGUAGUAGGAGAAUUGCACACCCUGACUAAAGACAAGUUACUAGAGAUAUGUGAUUUCCUUGACAUCUCAGGUGAACAGAGAAGAGAUGUUCAAGACAAAUCCCGCAUAUCAUUGAUGACUCACAUUAUGAUGUUCCUUGAAAGAGAGGAAGUUGCAGAGUUAGAAGAUGGCGGCAUGUCGGAAUGGUUGCUACUUAAAGACAAAAUGACAGAGAUGAUCAGUGGCAUAGAUAACAAAACAGGGCAAACUGACCAUGAUAUUGAAACAGCCGGAACACAUCACAGAAUAGAGGAACUGAGAACUGCAACCCCACAACAAGGGGUGGGAACUGAGCAGAUUACUGCAGCCAAAGCCAGUGAUUCUCUGCGUCAGCCCUAACCCCAUGCUAAUCUUCAGGUGAGCGUGCCGCUCUCACCCAGUGCACAGCCCAGCUCAUACUGGCGCAAAGAGUUUAAAAUUUCUGGUCAGAUAGGUGAACCGGGCCAGAAAGAUAAACUGAUUUUUUCCAGCCUUGCCCAUCAGAUUGAGAAUGGACUUAACAGAGGCUAUCCUGAGGUAGAAAUAGUAGACGCAGUAGUCAGGGCUAUUUCUCCAGGCUCACAGCUACGCAGCUACUUGGAGGGUAAACCCCAGCUAACUCUUCCCACACUUAGAUGUAUCCUGUGUUCCCACUUCCAAGAGAAGAGUGCAACAGAGCUUUACAAACAGCUAGCUUCAGAAGCACAGCAUAGCAAGGAGACCCCUCAAAGCUUCCUGAUGCGCAUCUUAGAUUUGAGGCAGAAAGUACUGUUUGCAUCCCAGGAGUCAGAAUCAGGGCUUAAGUAUGACCCUGCUCUAGUCCAGCGCAUGUGUUUACACACAGUCCUUACAGGUCUCCAGAGUGACAGUAUCAGGAUAGACAUGCAGCCUCUCCUGCUAGAUAGCGAAACAUCAGAUGAGGUUUUGCUAGAGAAGCUUAACAUUGCUUGUGCUAAUGAGAUAGAAAGACGAAACAAAAGGCGGUUUAAUUCCCCACAGCCUGCUACAACGGUAAGUGUAGUCCAGUUAGAAGAUACGCCAUCUGCAAAGUGCCCUGUGAAGGAAGCCAAAGCUAAGAUACCCGCAGAACUGUUAACAGAGUUAGCUGAACUUAAGACAGGUGUAGCUUCUCUAAAAGGUCUCAGUGCAGAGAUUGCUCAGAUUAAGGAGACAUUACAGCAGCCUAUAUUUCAGUCACCGCCUUGUGUCUAUGCCCCACCUCCAGUUAGGAGGCCAGAUAGGGACCCCCAGCCACCUGUUUCCCAUCAGCAGUAUUACAGCAACUACAGUCAGCCCCAAGCACCUGACCCUGCACAGCAUCAAUAUGCACCUAACCUGUAUACCAACCGCUCUGCUCAAGCUCCAAGGAGGUGUUUUGUCUGCCAGCAGGCCAGAACAGAUGCACGCUGCACACACUGCUUCCGAUGUGGGAGUGGAGAACAUUUUCAAGCUGGAUGUAAAAUCCGGGGGAGUCAGACCAUCAAGAGAGGCCCCUUUCAACGGGGAAGGGUUACCGCUGAGGGACGAGUGUUAACCGUAGCUACCAAAAAGUCCGAGAAAUGUGCAAAUUGUGCCCGAGAAGAUUCAUUUGAGAACCUGAAACAAUGUUCAUCAUGUAAAGAGACACUGUACUGUUCCAAAGUAUGUCAAAACCAACAUUGGACUAAACAUAGGGAAAAAUGCACUCACCUGAAAAUUGACUCUACCAGGGAAAGGUUUUCCUGCACAGAGGAAAAUGCCCACUCUUUACCAUCCCUAGCUCAAGGUUGCCACCCCCGUAAGGUCACCUCGCUAGUCGGCAGACAGUGCCUUAUUGAGUGUCACCUGAAUCGCCACCACCUCCAAGCUCUAUGGGACACAGGCUCUCAGGUAUCGGUCAUUGAUGAACAAUGGAAAGAGAAAUCUCUCCCAAACACAAGGCUGAGAGAUGUUUCAGAAAUCCUGGACUCACCUGAUGAUCUAAGGUUGACUGCAGCAAAUGGGACUGAAAUGCCGUACCUGGGAUGGAUUGAAACAACUUUUCUGCUAGCCUCUGAAACUGACCAAACAAAGGAACUGAUCAUCCCAGUGCUAGUAAUGAAAGGCUGUCACCUAUCGCAUCCCAUCAUAGGUUUCAAUGUUAUCGAGCACAUCCUGACAAUGACCGACAAGACUAAACAAUACAGUACAGUAAAAACAGCUUUCCCAAACCUCAAAAGAAACAAGGUGAGAGCUUUUAUACAGGCUGUUAGCGCAGAACAGACAGAUGAAUAUGCAGUGAAAACCAAGAAAGAGAAGGUUGCUGUACCAAAACACAGUAGCAUUCAGAUUGAGUGCCGUGUAGCUUCCCAGCCUUUCAAAGAGGACAUGACAAUGCUUUUCCAGCCAGACCUGAACCCGCAGUGGCCAGACGACCUUGAGUUCUUUGACACACUAGUCAGAGUCAGGAAAGCUGUUUUUCCAGUUGUCAUGCUUGAUGUCUCUAACCCCACUGACCACGACAUUGCCCUGCUAGGACGCACAAUAAUUGGUACAGUACAAACCAUUAUGACUGUGUUACCUGCCCAGGUGUUUGAAAAAACAGUCACCCCAGCCACAGUGAAUCACACAAGCGUUCGAACCCCAUGUACUGCUACUGAACAGUGGGAUCCACCAGUAGGUUUAAAUCACCUCACCGAAGAGCAGAGAGAAGUUGUUAGGCAAAUGCUUAGAGAAGAGUGUCACUCCUUCUCCAGAUCAGACAAUGACAUUGGCUGUAUUGAACGAUUGAAAAUGACUAUUUCUCUAAAGGACUCUGAACCAGUCAAGCGCACAUACAUGUCAGUGCCCAGGCCACUGAAUCAGGAGAUGAAGGGUUACCUUUAUGACCUCAUAGCCCAGGGCUGGGUUAGGAAGUCAAACUCUUCAUAUUCUUCACCUGUCGUGUGCGUUCGGAAGAAGGACGGGACCCUCCGGUUGUGUAUAGAUUACAGAGACCUUAACAGAAAGACACAUCCCGACCGCCAGCCUAUCCCUCGGGUCCAAGACAUCAUGGACAGUUUAGGUGGUAAUUCCUGGUUCUCCCUCUUAGACCAGGGAAAAGCGUAUCACCAGGGGUUAAUCUCUGAAGAAAGCAGACCACUGACAGCAUUUGUGACCCCAUGGGGACUCUAUGAGUGGAUACGUAUGCCAUUCGGCCUCAUGAACGCUCCUGCAGCUUUUCAGCGGUGUAUGGAGGAGUGUUUGGAAGGGCUCCGGGAUAACAUCUGCAUUCCUUAUCUGGACGACACGCUAGUUUUCAGUAAAACAUUCGACAGCCAUGUGAAUGAUGUGCGAAAAGUUUUGCAGCGUCUCAGAGAGUAUGGCAUUAAACUCAAACCAAGUAAGUGUGAUCUCUUUAAACCCCAGGUCCGUUAUUUGGGCAGAAUAGUGUCUGCAGAGGGCAGCCGAGUUGACCCAGCCGAUUUUGAAGCAGUAAGAGCAUUGAAAGAAAUCAGACCAGAGACUGUGGGCCAGCUCAGAAAAAAUGCUUGGUUUACUCACUUACUACAGACAGUACAUCAAAGACUUUUCUAGGAGGGCCAGCUGCCUGUAUGACCUCCUGAAAGCAGAUUCAGAGAAAUUACCUCACCACCCACGGAAAACAAAAACAAAGAAAGUAAGUAAUGUGGUGCCCUCAAACAAGCCAAUCCUGUGGACUGACCAGCAUCAACAGGCACUUGAACAGCUGAUUGAGUGUUUGCUUCACCCACCAGUCUUAGGUUUCCCUGAUUUCACUCAGCCAUUUGUUGUACACACUGAUGCGUCACACCAAGGCUUGGGAGCAGUUCUUUAUCAAAAGCAAGAUGGGAAGCUUAGGGUCAUUGCUUAUGGCUCUCGAACCUUAACAGCAGCUGAGAAGAACUAUCACUACCACUCGGGCAAGCUAGAAUUUCUAGCUCUAAAAUGGGCAAUCACUGAUAAGUUCCGUGAUUAUUUGUACUAUGCUCCGACCUUCACUGUAUACAGCGAUAACAACCCGCUCAGCUAUAUUCUGUCUACUGCAAAACUGAACGCAACCACUUCCAGGUGGGUUGCAGAAUUGGCUGAUUUCCACUUUACAAUAAAGUACAGGCCAGGCAGAGAGAAUGGUGAUGCAGAUGCUUUGUCAAGGAUGCCACUGGAUGUAGAGUCACUGAUGGAAGAAUGUUCUGAGGAGCUUCCACCAGACACCAUUGCCGCCACGAUACAAGCAGUUGAGGUACAGAAAGAGGCUGUUGUACCUUGGUCACUGUCAGCUGCAUCUAUGUCAGUAUCAGCUGAAGAUGAGACAACCACUGCAACAAUCAGCUCGAUCCCAAAAGAUGGGAUAAGAGAAGCACAAGAAUCUGAUCCGGUCAUCCGUCCUGUGCUCAAUUUCAAACUGUCUGGUUCCAAACCGCCAGUUAACCUCUUACAUCUAGACGUUCCGCUAGCGGAACACCUGCUCCAAUAUCCAAUGAUGGGCGUGGCGCGAAAUACAAAUUCCUCUAAAAUCCGAAAACU